CCCCUUAGUGUGUGUUCCUGCUCCACAAUGUUUGUUGCCCUCAUCAACACACAUGUUCUUGUGUGUGACCCUUCCUUGGUUCCUGGAUAUUUGUCUUUCCUGGACUGAUUCUCCGUCUAUGAUCAAAUGGACGACCCAGGCCAUCUCUUGUCCCGCCUGCUUCCAACCUUUAAGCUGAGGUGAUGAGUGGGAAUAUAUGAUGUCUGAAGUACAGGGAACACUGGAGUUUUCUGUAGAGUUGCACAAGUUUCACAAUGUGGAUCUCUUUCAAAGAGGGUUCUACCAGGUGCGAGCAGGGCUGAAGGUCUCACCUCGAGUGCCCCACAGGUUGAUAGCGACAACUCAAGACAAUACGGGAGAAUGCAGCUUCAGCUCUGCGGGGGUUUACGACGGCACAGUGUUCAGCCGGAUAUUUCAGAUCCUUUACAGAAAUGAGGAGAUUGCGGUGAAUGACUGUAUGAUCUUCAAAGUCCACCUGCUGUUGGACGGAGAGAAGGUGGAGGAGGCCCUGAGUGAGGUGGACUUUCAGUUGAAGCUGGAUCUUCACUUCACUGACAAUGAGCAACAGUUGGCAGAGAUACUGACUGUCCCGUUGAUCAGCAGUCGCACCCUCAGCCUCCACUUCCACCCACGGAGAGGCCUCCACCACCACGUCCCAGUCAUGUUUGACUACUUCCACCUGUCCGUCAUUUCUGUCUCCAUACACGCCUCACUGGUUGCCUUACAUCAGCCGCUAAUCAGCUUUGCACGUACAGGGAAGGGCUCCUGGCUGGGGAAGAGCUCGCCAGAUAGCACGAGCGACCCAUCUGCCAUGUCUGUAGAGAACCUUGUGUUCGGAGCUGGCUACUGCAAGCCUGUCAUCUCUGAGGGGAGCUUUUAUGUGCCCAGUGAAGAGUGCCUGCAGAGAGCUCAUACGUGGCACCGAAGGCUCUGUCGCCUCCUGUUGGUGGCACAUAGAGGCCUGCACACAUACUACACUGCACUGAUGAAGGAAAUCCCACAACUCCAGCAGAUUCCACUAAUGUCAGAGGUGCUGCAUGUAGAAGAAACUCUCAACCAGCUCACAAUGGAGAUACAGCUUCAAGAGGGUCACGAGAAGGUAGCAGAGCAGAUCAGCAGGGACGUGAGCCAGCUCUGUUCCCAGCUGGCUGCUCUGUGGAGCAGCUUCCUGGAGGCUGCUGUGCUCAACCCCCACAUCCUUUCCUAUCUGGCCCAGGAGCACCACACGCUCAGGGUCAGGAGGUUCUCAGAGGCAUACUUCUUCACUGAACACCCCAAAGAGAUAUCUCUAACCUUUCAAGAGGAACUAAUUAACAGACAUGGCCAGAUAGCUACAGAGGUUCGGACUUCAGACUACCUAACCAAGAUGCCUCCUCUACCAGUUGAGUGCCUGGACAUUGAUGGGGACUGGAACAGCCUGCCCAUCAUUUUUGAGGACAGAUAUGUGGAGUCUCCUCAAACAGAGUCAGCCUCACAUGUGCCAACUCCUGCAAUUACUGAAGAGCGGACCAACUCUCAUCCAGCCAUCACUUCUUCCAAAAAGAUUUGUGGAAGCAGCCAGGGAGCCAGAUCACCAGCAAUACCCUCGGAUCCCUUGGACAGUGAUGACUGCAUGGACCUGCCCACAUAUGUCUCCCUUAUAGCAGAGCAGAGUAAGACCUACCCCAAUAUCAGAAGUAUCCAGAGCCCCAUUCCUCCUGAGGACAGAGCUGAACUCCCUCAAACAGAGUCAGAAAGUGUGAAGGAGCCAACAGAAAAAAAAGAGCAAGUUGAGGAGAACUGCAGUCCGGGGUACAUCGCAGUUAAGCCUUGUGAUGUAGAUCCAUAUAGAGGGGAAACAGACCUUGUUCAAACCUCAGGCCACAACCCACUCACUGUCUCCACUAACAGCAGUGAUGAGACCCCUGUUCAUGGAACAGAAAACACUGUCCCACUUUCUGAUGCCACAAAGGAGAGCUAUGCAAGAGAGGAUGAAAACAAUAAAGAGGAGUCUGACAUUGCAAUGCCAUUAAAUCACUCCAUGGAUGGUGAGAGUGAGGAUAUUCCUCUCAUCAGCCUGCCCGCAGCCUAUGUGCAUUCAGUUACGUCUCCCUAUUCUGGUGAUCUCAGAAAAGAGAUCACUCACCGUGGAGGUGUGGUUGGCUCCAAAAUCAUGAAGCGCUCGUCCUCUGUUAUUUCUGACUCAGGUAUCGAGAGUGAGCCCAGCUCAGUUGCAUGGCCCGUGGAGGCUAGUCUGCGUGGUCGGCCUCCUCUAGACUUCUCCAGUGAACGGGAGUUCCCACAGCAAAUUGUGUGUCGGCACCCGGUCCACCGCAGCUCUCUGGAAGGCCUGCAGAUGCAGAGUAAUGGCAGCCUUCCAAGUGCUGGUAUACAGGCCUCGCUCACGUCUAUUAGCUCCCUGCCCUAUGAGGAGGACCAGCAACAGAGGCAGCUCAGCAAACUGACCAAGUCGGUCUCAGCACCACAGAUAAGUAGCCCAGAAGACACAGUGGAGGACCAUGUGCUGCUCAACCAGGAGGCAGUUACUAAGAGCUUAAUGCAACACCAGGAUUCAUGUAAGAACAACUGCUCUUCUUUGACGAGCAACCUAGAUUCAGAGCAAUCUCUAUUAGACACAAGUUCAGUCACAAAUCUUGACCAUAUUCUCAAGGAGAGUAUUAGUUUUGAAAAGUCGAAUGCAGAGACUUGCAGACCCAAGACAGUGUUAAGUGGUGUGUCUGAAGUUUUGCAUCUGCAAGAGUCUGUAGAAAGCCCUCAUGUGAAGGAAAGGGUUGUUAUUGGCAGCUAUGGGGAGAAUAUUAAUCAUCAAACACACAUCAGUGAAAUGAGUGCCUCAGUGAAGGAUGUGCAUCUCAUUGAAUCAGAAGCAGUGCCCUGCAGCUGUGGAAACAAACCGUGUGUGCAUGAAAGUGUGGCAGAUCAAGAGAGGAUUGACACUGGAGAUGAGUGCCACCGGCUCGAUCAGACUGAAGUGCGUACUGUCGAGGACCAGGAGGGUCUGGAUACCUCACAAACACCUCUCAAGCUCUCAAGGCUUCAAUUCUCCAACAACCUCUCCAACAGUACAACCGCCACACAAAGGCCCAAUGACCUUACAGGGCUGGCAGCAAGUGAUAUCGUAUCAUCUUUUGAACUGAAUGGGUUAUCAUCCAGUGAGAAAGAGCCUUUAGACUGCCAGACAAAGUCCUCUAAGAUCCCCAACUCGGGGCUGGCCUUUGUGAAUAAGAAGAUGGUGGAGGUGGUGAACAUGUCAGUGUCCUGUGCCCCAACCUGUCUGCCAUUUUCUUCUGUUCUAAGAGACUCUCCGUCCGUCAGUGGAAUGUCCACUCGCCAGACUACCUCACCUAUAACCCAUCAGCCCCUGGGCUCCUUUGGCAUCAUCUCUUCAUCUUCACUCAACCCCUUUAACAUGGAUGAUGAGACCAACGAACGAAUGCUAAAUUUCUACAAGGCCAAAGAGGAGCUGUUCACAGAGUUGAGUUUUCAGGCCAGCUUGUACAGCGACCUUCCUCUCCUGGCAUCAGAUCUGCCCUACUUUCCCCCCGAGGAGGACGAUGAGGAGUUUGAUGAUGGCAUACACCUUGUGGUGUGUGUCCACGGGCUUGACGGAAACAGCGCAGACCUUCGUCUGGUGAAGACUUUCAUUGAGUUAGGGCUGCCGGGGUCCAGGCUCGACUUCCUUAUGUCUGAGAGGAACCAGACUGACACCUUUGCAGAUUUCGACACCAUGACGGACAGGUUGCUGGAUGAGAUCAUUCAGCAUAUCCAGCUGUACAAUCUCACCAUUGGCAGGAUAAGUUUCAUCGGCCACUCUCUGGGGAACAUCAUCAUCCGCUCAGUGCUGACGAGGCCGCGGUUCCGCUGCUAUUUGCCCAAACUGCACACUUUCCUCUCGCUGUCAGGCCCACACUUGGGAACGCUCUACAACAACAGCACGUUGGUCAGCACAGGUCUGUGGUUAAUGCAGAAGCUGAAGAAAUCAGGAUCCUUGCUGCAGCUCACCUUCAGAGAUCAUGUUGAUCCAAGGAAAACAUUCCUCUAUCUCCUGAGUCAGAAACCAGGGCUCCAGUUCUUCAAGAAUGUGGUGUUGGUGGCAUCUCCACAGGACCGUUAUGUUCCUUUCCACUCUGCAAGAAUAGAGAUGUGCAAAACUGCUCUCAAAGACAGAACCACAGGACCCGUGUACACUGAGAUGAUCAACAACCUCCUGCAGCCACUUGUGGAGGCCAAAGAGUGCCGGCUGAUCCGCCAGAAUGUGUUUCAUGCCCUGCCCAACACAGCCAACACCCUGAUUGGCCGAGCAGCCCACAUCGCUGUCUUGGACUCUGAGCUUUUCCUGGAGAAGUUCUUCUUAGUGGCAGGACUCAACUACUUCAAAUAAAGGUGCUAGAGCUCCAAAGUGACAGGACCAAACCUGUUAGUGACUGGCAGAGCUGAUUUGGAAGAAAAGGUCCUAACCUUCACCUUGUAAAGUAUAUUUCAUGUAUAUAAUCACUGGUAUUCAAAGGCGAGACCUGUAUAUUUGAUCGGUUAGGAUUGAUAGCAGAUGUUAAAAAGGUCAUUGUGCAUUGUGACUGUUUAAAUUGCUAACUCAAAAGUCUGAGUUUGAAGUGUAGCCAUGCAAAACAACAUCUAUCACAGGACUGACUGUAGAUGUUUGGUUUGGCCUUAUGAAUAACCUGUCAGCAGGCAUUUAAAUACAGUACUUACAUUGUAGAGUGGGUUGGAGCAUAUAGCAUCGCCAGUUAAUUGAAUUCUUCUGUAAAGGUUCCACAGAUAGUUUUACACUAUCCUUAGAAACGAGGCAACAGAUGCACAGCAUUUAUCCUCCAGAUUGUACAUGAUUUCGUUGUACAAAACAGA